AUGAGCGCGCAUGUUUGCGUCCUGCUGCAGAGGUGCUGCGAAACUUUCAGGAUGAUGCACCUUGGAUGUUUCCUGCUGCUCUGUGGGCUCACGCACGUCAUGGCAAGUUAUCCCAUCUGGUGGUCACUAGCAGUGGGCCACCAGUACUCAUCAAUGGGUACUCAGCCUAUCCUUUGUGGCAGCAUACCGGGUCUGGUACCCAAGCAGCUCCGUUUCUGCCGAAACUACGUGGAGAUCAUGCCCAGUGUGGCUGAGGGGGUGAAGAUCGGCAUCCAGGAGUGCCAGCACCAGUUCAGGGGUCGACGCUGGAACUGCACCACAAUAAAUGACAAUUUGGCCAUCUUUGGGCCAGUGUUAGAUAAAGCCACUCGAGAGUCAGCUUUUGUUCACGCUAUUGCCUCAGCGGGAGUCGCCUUUGCGGUGACCCGUGCUUGUGCUGACGGUUCAGCCACCAUCUGUGGAUGUGACACACGGCAUAAGGGCCCCCCUGGUGAGGGCUGGAAGUGGGGUGGCUGCAGCGAGGAUGUCGAAUUUGGAAGCAUGGUGUCCCGGGAGUUUGCAGAUGCGAGAGAGAAUCGGCCAGAUGCACGCUCGGCAAUGAACCGCCACAACAACGAGGCAGGAAGAAUGUCUCUCAACGACAACAUGUUUCUGAAGUGCAAGUGCCACGGGCUCUCGGGGAGCUGCGAAGUCAAGACAUGCUGGUGGUCUCAGCCUGACUUUCGAGCUAUCGGUGACUACAUGAAGGAUAAGUAUGACAGCGCUUCGGAAAUGGUGGUGGAGAAACACAAGGAGUCUCGAGGCUGGGUGGAGACGUUGAGACCCAAGUACAACUACUUCAAACCCCCCACAGAGCGCGAUCUGGUUUAUUAUGAAAGCUCGCCGAAUUUUUGUGAUCCCAAUCCCGAGACUGGUUCCUUCGGUACUCGGGAUCGCAUCUGCAACCUGACGUCCCACGGCAUAGACGGGUGCGACCUGCUGUGCUGUGGCCGAGGCCACAACACCCGGACUGAGAAGAGAAAGGAGAAGUGCCACUGUAUUUUUCACUGGUGUUGCUACGUCCACUGUCAGGAGUGUCUGAGAGUCUACGACGUGCACACCUGCAAGUAGAGACGUGGAGGGUCUCAGCCAUUCUCCUCAGAGGACAUGGAAAAGCGGAACAAAUAAAGUUUUUUUUAACUAUGAGAGGUGUGUAUGGUCAGAC